AUGGCUUACCACUGCCGACGCUGUAAAAAGUAUUCCACCGACACCAGACACCACUUCAAAUCUCAUCUUGGACGUAUUGACGACGACCACAACAUGGGUCCCUGGGUCUGCCAGGUGCCCGGUUGCCAUGUUCGCGCUGUCAGACGUGGCUCGGAAGAUCCUCAUGAGGGCCAUCCUGGAGUUAAAUCCACAUGGGACAAAGACGAAGCUCUGGCAGAAGCUAUUGAUGCAGAGCUUGCAGCAAGCGAACGUCCUGAUCCCUUGGCUCCUUCUACUGCUGGACCUGCUGGCUCGAUUACUGCUGAACCUGCUCACUCUACUGCCGCCGAACCUGCUCCGCUUGUCUAUUCUAACACUUCUUCUCCAUACCCCCCUCCUGGCUUUCAUAGCUGGACCAAGGGUUCUGGUGACCUUCGUCCAUAUCCCGAGGGCAUUCCUACAUAUCCCCCUAGCCCUUCUUCGUUGAUCGCCGCUGGCUCGGGUCAGUCGACUACCGCCCCUACUGCCGCGGGUCCGUCUACUACUGCAAGCUCUUCUACCACUACCGCCCCCUUUGCUAUUAACCCCGCCCUCCUCGCGAUGAAUGCCGCCAACCAUGCCACUCCCAACAACCACAAUCAUGGAGCCAACCAUGGUGCCUCAACUCAGGGCAAAAAGAACAACCACAACAACAAUGGAGACGGGGGGUCCAGCGCUUCCGCACCCCUUGAAUCCUCGAUCCCGACCAUCCUCGCUCACGGCGAAGACGAAGACACCAACGACUCCGACGACAGCGAAAGCAGCAGAGAGUACCUCAUGCGUACUGGAGUGGCCCCCUUGUUCAUGGAGGCCAUGAAACUUCUGGCACUUACUGAUCCUCCUAUUGAGAAGCCUUUGCUGUGGGCUGGCAAGUGGUUUGAGGCUCGUAGUCGUGAGAUUGAGGGUGUGGAUGAGGAGGUUGAGAAAGAGGAUGAGAAAGGUGAAGAGGUCAAGGAGGGGGAUGUGAAGGGCGAGGAGAAGGAUGAUGAGGAGGGAGACGAGAAGGAUGAGGAGAACAGCAUCAAGAACGAUGAUGAGAAGGAGGUCGAGGUUGAAGGGGACAAGGAGAAGAAGGAGGAAGAUGAGAAGGAUGUCGAGAACGACAUCGUGAACGACAUCGAAAAUGAUGCCGAGAAGGAGCGCCAGAAGGGUGAGGAGGACGUUAAGAAGGACGGCAAGGAGGAGGAUGAGAAUAAGUAA